CCCACUUUCCACCCACCGCACAAGCAACGCCGGAGUAGUUUCCAUUGCACAUACCACCGCGUUGCGUGUUGGUUCUGCGUAAUGAAAAGGGGACGAAAUUAACACUCUGACAAUCAACAGUGCUGACAACAGUACCUCUUUAGCCUCUUUUUAAUAUACUAGCAUAUCCAUAGGGGCGUCUCUCAGCUUCACUUCUCACUCGUUAAUCUACCCAUCUUCUUCUUCAUCAAUCUUCUCUCAAAUUCUGCCAUCAAAAGAUGAAGAUCUCCGCGAAAGCUGAGAGCACUGACACUAGUAAGCCAAUCAGUCUUGAGGUUGAAAGCUCUGAUACUAUUGACAAUGUCAAGGCUAAGAUUCAAGACAAGGAGGGUGUUCCCCCAGACAAUGUUUUUGCCGAUUAUAAUAUUCAAAAGGAGUCUAUCCCUCAUUUGGUGCUCAGGCUUGGCGGUGGAAUGCAAAUUUUCGUGAAAACUCCUACUGGAAAGACCAUAGCUCUGGAGGUGGAGAGUUCUGAUACCAUCGACAAUGUCAUGGCGAAAAUUCAAGAUAAGGAAGGGAUCCCACUGGCUGACCAGAGGUUGAUUUUGGCUGGUAAACAGCUUGAGGAUGGUCGGACUCUUGCAGAUUAUUACAUCCAGGAGGAGUCAACCCUUCAGUUGGUGAUGAGGUGGAGGGGAAGAAUGGAAAUAUCUGUGGAAACUUUGAGAGGGAAUACCAUUACUCUGGUGUUGGAGGGUUCUGCUACCAUCGAGAACGUGAAGGAAGAAAUUCUGUCUAGGGAAGGAAUCCCACCGAACGAGCAAAGGUUGGUUUUUGCUGGUACGCAUCUUGAGGAUGGUCGCACUAUUGAAGACUAUGAAAUUCCUCACAAGUCUACUCUUCACUUGGUGUUCUCUACUCGUGGUGCUUAGGAGGCUAACAUUCACGUGGUGGCUUCCACUGAUUGUCGUGUUGAACACUGUCUCGAUUUUGGAUUGAGUAGAGGAUUUUAUGCUUGUAAUUGUUUUGCCGAUAGAGUAAUUUGUUUGAGGAUUUUAGUGUUAUGAUAAUAGUGGAGUUUUUAUUUCGACUGUAAUGUUCUGAUUUUUUUUUUUAAUGUAAGGAGA